UCCUGGGAAACGCAGGGUGGCGCCGGGCGUGACGCAGGCGAGGCGACCACCAGCGCCUUCCCAAGCACUGGUCUUUAUAACUCACUCAAGCACGACCUUCAUCCCACUCGGCAUUGCACAGGUCUUGUCGACACUUCACGCAAGACCGUUAUUUUCACCAUGAAGUUCCUAGCGCCGGUUAUCCUCACCGCGUUGAUCUCUGUCGCCAGUGUUCGUUCGAAUGACUGUCCUUACCCCUACGAGCCCUUGGACGAUACGCGGUGCAUUUUCUUGGACGCUUAUGUCACCUACACUUGGCAAGACACGGUUGACCUGUGCAAGACCCACAGCGGAGAGAUCCUGAUGAUCGAGGACUGAACCUUCGCCCUCGUGUCUACGACUACAUCAAGAAGCAAGGAUGUCACACAAGGCAAGCACUUCUGGUUAGGAGCAACAGAUGAAGUAGAAGAAGGCACUUGGAAAUUUGUAAACAACAGGGCAGUUCCACAGGGUGUACCUUUCUGGGGUAAAGGCGAGCCUAAUAGUGGGAAUACGCACAACUGCGCCAUUAUGCAUGCUAGUUAUAACCAUUAUUGGUAUGAUAUCCAGUGUGAAAACAAGUAUAACCCCAUUUGCCUCAAGAAAUAUUAAAUAGUACUGUACAUCGGCGAGGUAGCAUUCUGAUGAAAGACAGAACUUGGAAAUGAAGAUAGAGCAAAUA